AAAUAGUACAAAGUAGUUUCUUAUAUUUUUUGUAAUCAUUCAAAAUCAAAAGCAUUGUUUGUUAUCACUCAAAUGUCAAAUAAAUUAAUAUACAAGUGAUUAAAGGGAUAAUAUAAUAUGCGCAAAACAUUUUAGAUAUUAAAUAAAAAAUUUUGAGUAUUGAAGUAUUGCUGUCGAUUGAUUUGCAUAAAUCAACAACUUUAUUACAUAUUUAAACAUGGAUGAUGACUCAGUGCCUAAAAAUCAACAAACAAGCGAAUCAACGUUUAUAUCAAUAAAUGAUGAGGGUGCAAAUGUUGUAAAUGUAGAAUUUGAGGAACCCGUACCGGACAACGCCUUAAACCGUCCUAGCCAAGAUGUUAUACAAACUAAUAAUAUAGGAAAUAAUUCAACUAAUGAGACUGAACGUACAUGUUGGAUUUGUUUUGCCACCGAGGAGGACAAUCGUUUAGCUGCUUGGGUGCAACCGUGUAAAUGCCGUGGCACUACAAAAUGGGUACAUCAGUCUUGUUUAUAUCGUUGGGUUGAUGAGAAACAAAGAGGUAACGCUUUACGUGCUGUAUCCUGCCAGCAAUGCCAAACGGAAUAUAUAAUUGUAUUUCCAAGAAUGGGUAAAUGUGCGAACAUUUUGGAAAGUAUUGAUAACAUAAUAAAGCGUUUAAGUCCAUUUUUGGCUGCCGGUGUGUUUGUUGGUUCGAUUUAUUGGACUGCUGUUACAUAUGGUGCUGUAACAUUCUUACAGAUUGUAGGAAAUAAAAAAGGAAUGGCUUUAAUGGAAAAUAGUGAUCCUCUAGUUUUAUUGAUUGGCUUACCCGCCAUUCCGGUAGGGCUUGUUCUUGGUCGUCUUAUACGUUGGGAAGAUGCACUGUUGCGUAUAUUGAGAAGUCGUCAAAAUUUUGCUCGAAAAUUUCCUAUAAUGAAUUUUAUAAUACCUUUUCCUGAAGAAGAACAAACUACUGCACAACAACCUGCAACUCCUGUUCUGCACGAUUCGUAUUCGGCAACUAGAGUUUUUUGUGGUGCUCUACUGCUACCAACUAUAUCUUCUAUUGUCGGACGUUUGCUUUUUGAUUCAAUUGAGAAUACAUUGCAUCGAACCCUGCUUGGUGGCUUGACCUUCAUCACGUUUAAGGGUAUAUUAAAAAUCUAUUUACGUCAACAGCAGUAUAAUCGUAAGAAGAAACGUUGUAUUGUUGAUUAUACAGAAGAAAAUUUGCAUAUUUAUCGCAACACGCGUAAUCAAUCCGCUCAGACUGUGCCUAUUGCUACUGCUAAUCAGAAUAUACCACUGGAACCAAGGCAGGCACAAAACAAUAACGUUUGAAAUUAAUAGUCAUUAUUUUAUUGAAUAUGUUGUAUGAAAAUAUCUAACACUAAAAAUUCAAUGUACGGCGGCAGUAAAUAUUUUUUUUAAAUAAUAAUUUUUACAUAUACUAAUUGUUAAAUUCUUUUUACAAAAUUAAAAG